GGCAAACGGGGGCAUAUCUGCAGCAAAGCGAGUGGAUGAAGAUGCAUGAGCUGGAAAUUUCCCUCUGACAUGCCAAAAAGCGCAGCAUGCUCUCUUCGGAACAGGACUCUGCAGAGGACACGGUGGCCAGCGGAGCCAAUGAUGCUGAGGGAGAGGAGCAGGAGGGAGGCUCGUCUCCUGUGCGUGCUGUCCCGGAGGAACAGCAUCCAGUCCAGCAGUCCCUGGGGGACUGUGUGUGCCGGGAGACUCACUGGCGCUGCCUGCUGCUCUCCCUGCUCAUGUACAGCUGCCUGGCCGUGGUGGCCUGGUGUCAGCUGACCCGGGUCACCAAGAUCAGCUUCAACUCGGCCCUGACCUCCUCCCUUUCGGCCUCCUUCACCUCCUCCCUGCGGGGCGCCUCGGGAAUGGGCGGGAUGGGAGGCCACUCCAUGAUCUACCACGACAGCCCGUGCGCCGACGGUUACAUCUACAUCCCCCUGGCCUUCCUCUUCCUGCUCUACGCCGUGUACAUGGCCGAGUGCUGGCACUGCCGGGCCCGGAGCCAGCUGCAGUCCAAAGCGGGCGUGGCCAGCGUGUACGAGCGGGUCCUGCGCAUGCAGCAGGCCCAGCCGUGCAUCUGGUGGAAGGCCAUCAGCUACCACUUUGUCCGGCGGACGCGGCAGGUCACCCGAUACCGCAACGGGGACUCCUACACCACCACGCAGGUGUACCACGAGCGGGUCAACACCCACGUGGCCGAGGGCGAGUUCGACUACAGCCGCUGCGGGAUGCGCGACGUGUCGCGUGACCUGAAGGGCCUGGAGGGCCACCCGGCCACCCGCCUGCGCUUCACCAAGUGUUUCAGCUUCACCGAGGCCGACCCCGAGAACGACUACCUCAACCAGAGGGCGCGUUUCUUCUCUGAAAUAGAGGGUUUGGAUGACUACAUGGAGGCCCGGGAAGGCAUGCAGCUAAAAAACGUGGACUUCAGAGAAAACCUGAUUGCCUGCGUGGACCCGGACCGGAUGCCCUGGUACACUUCCCAGGUUGCCUUCUGGCUGGCAGCUCUGCUCAUGCUCUCGUGGCCCCUGAGAGUCCUCACUGAGUACCGUACCGCGUAUGUGCAUUACAGAAUAGAAAAGCUAUUCGGGCUGGAGUACAUUCACAAUAGCCCCUCUCCCCUUGACGGGCACGGGCCUUUGGGGGCUAACCCGGCCUGCGCUAUUCCCAGAGUAAACACGUUUGACAGCACCGACAUGGAGUGGCACAUACGCUGCAACCGCCAGCUGAUUCCCAGCUACUCGGAGGCCAUGCUGAUGCACAUGACCGCGGCGAGCGCGUCGGCCCAGAGGCGCGGAGCCUCACCGGGCCAGGAGGGCCGCGGCGAGGGGAGCGGGCGAGCAGCGGCGGGAGGAGGCCAGAGGAGGCCCCCGAGCAGCUCCAGCUGCUCCUCCAUCUUCUCCCGCAGCGGAGCCCCUCUCCACUCCCACCUCUCGUCCGACACGUCCCGGUUCUCCCUCUGCCGCAUGUACGGCUCCCUGCACACGGUGGCUCCGUGGAGGAGCCGCAGCAGCAACCUGUCGGAGCCCGAGCAGCUCUGCCGCUCCGACUCCAGUCAGCUGGCGCUCAGCGACAGCCCACCCACCUACAGAGACGCCCGCUUCUUCCCCGCCCUCAUCGUGCAUUGGUCUGAGGGCGGUGAGGACAGGAGGGAAGCCAGGCGGUACUACAUACGGAGGUCGUCGUGUGCCGAAUCUGCUUUUUAA